CUGACAAUCGAUAACUUUUUGCAAUUUAUUAACAUUAAUAGACCAAAGGGUGAAAAAAUGUGGGCCGACACAAUUUUAAUUGUUUUUAUAUCUGUGUGCACUGCCUUUUUGGGCGAAGGUCUCACCUGGGUGCUGGUAUACCGCACGGAAAAGUACCAGAAACUGAAGACUGAGGUGGAAAAACAGAGCAAGAAAUUGGAGCGGCGCAAGGAGAUCCAUGGCGACUCUUUGGACAAGGCGGUUAAGAAAAAGAUUGAGCGGGACGAGGAGAAGCUGAAGAACAACAAUCGUGACCUGUCGUUGGUGAAGAUGAAGUCCAUGUUCGCCACCGGCUUUGCGUUCACCGCGCUCCUGAGCAUGUUCAACAGUAUCUUUGACGGCCGUGUCGUCGCCCAACUGCCCUUCACGCCCAUCUCCUGGAUCCAGGGUCUGAGCCACCGAAAUCUGUCCGGUGAUGACUACACAGACUGCUCGUUCAUCUUGUACAUCCUGUGCACCAUGUCCAUUCGCCAGAACAUUCAGAAGCUGUUGGGCUUUGCACCGUCGCGUGCCGCCAGCAAGCAGGGCGUCGGUCUCUUCGGACCCGCUCCCGGCCAGUUUAAAUAGAAAAUGAUUAGUUCUGUUAAUAAUAAUAGUUGCAUUUAGCUUACAAUGCACACCAACAAAACAA